GCUCUCCGGACGGGCGGACUUAGCUCUCCUCCUGGGAACAUCUGGCGGGGGGCUGGGAGGGGCGCGCAUCCAAGGCGAACGUGGAUUGGCUGCACGGAAGGAGGGAGGCGGGGUCCGGGCGAGGGGCGGGGCUCACUGGCCCCUUUAAAGCCUUGACAUCAAGAGGCGGCCCCAGCACCCCCCUUCUUCUGCCCCCCGCCCCCGAGCCGCGGCCAUGGACCCGGCAGAUCCGGCCUGCCCCGGCCCAGCUCAACACCUGAUUUCGACCCAACAUCCAACAUCCAGGCGUGUCGUGGGACCACGGGAGGAAUGUGUGAAGCCGGGGCCAUCCUGAAGAACCCAGGUGAGGUGACCAUUCUGGCUGCUAGCGUGACCAUUCUGGCUGCCAGCCUGGGUGAGGAGGCAGAGACAGCCUGCCGGGUGUCUCUCACGUGUUCCCAGGGCCCGAUGUCAGAGGCCAUGGACCAGCCCGCUGGGAGUCCUGGAAAGCCAAGGCCGGGAGAGGGUGGUGACAGCGGCACGGAGCCGGGCACCUGCCAGGAGCUGCUGCACCGACUUCGGGAGCUAGAGGCAGAGAACUCGGCGCUUGCCCAGGCCAAUGAAAACCAGCGGGAGACCUAUGAGCGCUGUCUAGAUGAGGUUGCCAACCAUGUGGUGCAGGCACUGCUAAACCAGAAGGACCUGCGGGAGGAGUGCAUCAAGCUGAAGAAGAGGGUGUUUGACCUGGAACGGCAAAACCAGAUGCUGAGUGCCCUGUUUCAGCAGAAACUCCAGCUGACGACAGGCUCCCUCCCUCAGAUCCCACUAACGCCGCUCCAGCCGCCGUCAGAGCCCCCGGCCUCCCCGUCCCUGAGCUCUGUCGAGGGACCGACCACCUCGCUGCCUCUGGGGCACUGUGCGGGGCAAAGAGAGGUAUGUUGGGAGCAGCAGCUACGGCCAGGAGGCCCAGGACCCCCAGCCGCCCCACCGCUGGCCCUGGAUGCCCUGUCCCCGUUCCUUCGAAAGAAAGCGCAGAUCCUGGAGGUGUUAAGAGCCCUGGAAGAGACCGACCCCUUGCUGCUUUGCUCGCCUGCCACCCCGUGGCGACCUCCCAGUGAGGGUCCUGGCUCGCCAGAGCCCAUCAAUGGCGAGCUGUGUGGCCCACCCCAACCUGAACCCUCCUCCUGGGCCCCCUACCUGCUCCUAGGCCCUGGUAGCCUGGGAGGCCUGCUACACUGGGAGCGCCUCUUGGGGGGCCCAGGGGAGGAAGAGGGUGCUGGGCGGAUCUGGGGCCCUGGUAGGGGCGCCUCCCAGGCUCUAGGCACUGGCUCUGGGGCCCCCUGUGCCCCAGGCAGCAGCUCCUCCUCUUCCUCUGAUGAGGCGGGUGACCCCAAUGAGGCGCCCAGCCCGGACACCCUACUUGGGGCCCUGGCCCGCAAACAGUUGAACCUGGGCCAGCUCCUUGAGGACACAGAGUCUUACCUGCAGGCCUUCUUGGCCGGGGCUGCAGGCCCACUCAGUGGGGACCUGCCAGGUCCCGGUCAGCCAUCUUCUCCAGACCAGGGGCCCCCACAGCUGUCCAAGUCCAAAGGCCUCCCCAAGUCAGCUUGGGGUGGGGUUACUCCAGAGGCCCAGAGGCCAGGCUUUGGUGCUACCUCAGAGGGCCAGGGGCCCCUCCCCUUCCUCAGCAUGUUCAUGGGUGCGGGUGAUGCCCCCCUUGGCUCACGGCCUGGCCACCCCUACUCCUCAUCUCAGGUGAAAAGCAAGCUCCAAAUUGGCCCCUCUUCUCCUGGGGAAGCCCAGGGGCCACUUCUGCCCUCUCCAGCCAGAGGUCUCAAGUUUCUAAAGCUGCCUCCAGCUUCAGAGAAGGUCCCCAGCCCAGGAGGCCCCCAGCUCAGCCCCCAGCUUCCCCGGAACUCCCGAAUUCCCUGUCGAAACAGUGGCUCUGAUGGCAGCCCCUCCCCACUACUGGCCCGCAGGGGUCUGGGUGGAGGAGAGCUAUCCCCGGAGGGAGCACAGGGCCUGCCCACCAGCCCUUCCCCCUGCUCCGCAGCUCUGGACUCUGCACAGCUCAGACCACCCCCGCCAGCCUUGUCUACCACACUGUCCCCAGGACCCGUGGUUUCUCCCUGCUAUGAGAACAUUCUGGACCUUUCCCGGAGCACCUUUAGGGGGCCUUCCCCAGAGCCACCUCCAUCCCCACUGCAGGUACCCACCUACCCACAAUUAACCCUGGAGGUGCCACGGGCCCCUGAGGUCCUCAGAAGUCCUGGAGCUCCCUCCAGCCCUUGCCUCCCAGAACCUUGCUCCUAUGGGAGUACCCAGGAGAAGAGUCUGGACAAAACUGGCUCGGAGUCUCCCCAUCCUGGCCGCCGGACCCCCAGCAGCUCAUCCAAGAAACCCAACCAGGGGGCCGGGAGGCGACCUGGGGAUCCUGGCUACACCCCUCUGCGGGACAGACUGGCGGCCCUGGGGAAACUGAAGACUGGCCCCGAGGGGCUGGAGAAAAAUGGGGUGCCAGCCAAGCCUGGCACCGAGAAGGCCCGGGGAGCAGGGAGGUCAGGGGAGAGCCCUGGAGACGUGGCACCUCCCACCCCCAGGCCUCCUGAGGGGCCAGAAGCCAAGGGGGCCCUGCGGGGGGCAGUGGCCUUGGGCACGAGCAGCCUGAAGCAGCAAGAACCUGGGCUCCUGGGAGACCCCGGAGCCCGCAUCUACUCUUCCCACUCCAUGGGGGCCCGGGUGGACCUGGAGCCCGUCUCACCGCGGAGCUGCCUCACCAAAGUGGAGCUGGCCAAGAGCCGGCUGGCAGGGGCCCUGUGCCCCCAGGCACCCCGCACCCCUGCCAAAGCACCAACCUCAGCCCCCAGCCUUGGCAAGCCCAGUAAGAGCCCCCAUGGCAGCCCAACGAAGCUGCCUUCCAAGUCACCCACCAAGGUGGUACCGCGCCCUGUGGCCCCACCGACCACCAAGGAGCCCCCGAAGCCUGACAAGGGGAAGGGCCCGCCUUGGGCUGACUGUGGCGGCACUCCGGCCCAGCCUUCGGCCCCCACCCCCAGCCCGGCGGACCCCAGCCAAGGCCCCGAGGGCCGGGCCCCACACUCGGCCAUCGAGGAGAAGGUGAUGAAGGGCAUCGAGGAGAACGUGCUGCGGCUGCAGGGCCAGGAGCGGGCGCCGGGCACCGAGGCCAAGCACCGCAAUGCCAGCAGCAUCGCCAGCUGGUUCGGCCUGAAGAAGAGCAAACUGCCGGCGCUGAACCGCCGCACCGAGACCACCAAGAGCAAGGAAGGGGCCGGUGGGGGCUCCCCGCUCCGGAAGGAGGGCAAGAUGGAAGCCCGGAAACUGGAGGCCGAGAGCCUCAACAUCUCCAAGCUGAUGGCUAAGGCGGAAGACCUGCGCCGGGCCCUAGAGGAGGAGAAGGCCUACCUGAGCAGCAGGGCGCGGCCACGGCCCGGAGGCCCAGCCCCGGGACCGAGUACCGGGCUGGGGCAGGUGCAGGGCCAGCUGGCUGGCAUGUACCAGGGCGCUGACACCUUCAUGCAGCAGCUCCUCAACAGGGUGGAUGGCAAGGAGCUGCCGCCCAAGAACUGGCGGGAGCCCAAACCCGAGUAUGGCGAUUUCCAGCCAGUGUCCUCUGACCCCAAGAACCCCUGGCCAGCCUGUGGGCCUCGAAAUGGCCUGGUGGGGCCUCUUCAGGGCUGUGGAAAACCUCCUGGAAAGCCGAACAGCGAGUCAGGAAGGCGGGAAGAGAUGCCCUCAGAGGACAACCUGGCUGAGCCAGUGCCCACCUCACACUUCACAGCCUGUGGCUCCUUGACUCGAACCCUGGACAGUGGCAUUGGGACCUUUCCACCCCCAGACCAUGGCAGCAAUGGGACCCCCAGCAAGAAUCUUCCCAAGACAAAGCCACCACGGCUGGACCCCCCACCCGGAGUGCCCCCGGCUCGGCCCCCAUCCCUUACCAAAGUCCCCCGCCGUGCACACACGCUGGAGCGUGAGGUGCCAGGCAUAGAGGAGCUGCUGAUCCCUGUGAAGACCCAGGUCCUCCCCCUCCCGUCCAGCUGGCUAAGAACUGGACUUUCCCCAACGCAAGGGCAACCAACAGCUCCACUGACCCUUUUCUUUGCCCAUCCCGACAAUUGGAGGGGCUGCCCAGGACCCCCAUGGCCCUGCCCGUUGACCGGAAGCGGAGCCUGGAGCCCAGCCGCCCAGCCCCUCCUCCCCAGGGCCCGGCAUUCGGAGGUAGCCGCACGCCCAGCACGUCGGACAUGGGCGAGGAAGGGAGAGUGGCCAGUGGGGGUCCUCCAGGUCUGGAGACCUCAGAGUCUCUCAGCGACUCCCUCUACGAUUCGCUUUCCUCCUGUGGGAGUCAGGGCUGAGGGGCCACGCCGCACGACGGCCCCUCUCUGGAGUUGGAAACCACUGACUGGACCAGCUCUCCUCCUGCCUCAUCCCUUGGGGCAGGUGGGGCCCCUCCCUGCAGGGACCAAGGAGGCAGAUGGAUCAGAAGGUGAAGGGGGUCCCUGACACACCCCACUGCCCACCGCUGCUGUGGAGGAGAUGACCACUCUCAGCUCAGGGAGAGACCCCACCUUUGGUCCCUUCUCUCACCUGGAGUAAGGCUCUUCCUCCGAGAGACUGGGGGUUCAAGGUCGCUGUGUCCUGGCCCCCGCUCCCCCUUUCGGGCUGAGCCAUCCUGUGGUGCUGGGCUUCCCGCCCGCCAUCUGUGCCAUCUCUGCCCAACCCGGCCGCUCCCUGCCCUGGAGCCCCGUGGGACUAGCCCAGAGGCCCCGGGCCAGUGGAGUCUAGGGGCAAAGGGUCAAGUUGCCUUCUCUCUCUGUCUGCCCUGGUCCUCCCUGCUGUCUGGAUGGUGCUGCCCUCCCUACCCCAUGUCUUUGGGGUCCAUUUGUCUGUCUUUUUGUUGUUUUUUUUUAUAUUGAAGCGCCUGGCCCAGUCCCCAGCCCCCAUCCCUGCGCUGCGGUUAAUUUAUCUGUCGUUAAGAACUCGGCUGCUCUGCUUCCAGCCUCUGCUUCUGCCCUCUUCCUAAUAAAAUGUGGAGGCCCCUCCCUG